CAAAACUUCAUAAAUUCAAAACAUAAACAAAGCCUAAAAAUUUAUAAAAAUAGUAAAAGUUUAAAAAUUAAUUUAGUUUAUUAUUAUAAAAAAUUAAAACCUAUUUUUAGUGUUAGUAGUUAUCAAGUAUUUGUGUGAAGAUAUUAAUUAUGCCAAGAUGUCUCGACAUUCAAGUCACGAACGUGCGUUAGAAAACACAGAAGUCCUUGAGGUCAUAAGAGAAGAACAAUGUUCUCCUGCAGUAUCCUCGGUAAACAUGGACGCCGUAUCCAAAACUGUUGCUGAAGCACCGAAAGCAUGCGUUGAUUGCACAUGUUUAAAUGACCUUGAAAAAAUGAAGGAUUCAAAGAAUCCUGAAGAAAUUGAAAGGAUGAUGUUAGAAAGAGAAGCAGUUUUGCGGCGUGAAUUUCUCCAGAAGCUGGAAGGAGAAACGAAUGACCUGAAGGACAAAUUUGACUAUAUUUUACAAAAUGAGCAAGUGAGAACAUCGUUUAUGCUUCGCGAGGCGCACAGAGAACGCCAAGAAAAAAUUGGCGCCUUACAAACUCAACUUGAAUGCAAGAAUUUAGCUGGAGUCAUGUAUGUGAUGUGUACAGAAAGAAGGAAGAGCAAACUGGAGCGACUGAGGCUCAUACAAGAGUACACCAACUACAUCCGAGCCCUGCAGACCAUCCUGGCUGACGGUCAGGAACUGAUCCUGAGACUGUCUCGAGGGUACAAAACAGCCGCUAGAGUCGACCACGAGUGGCGGGAGAAGAUGAAGAUGGUCAUUAAGGAGUUCCAAGCCUACGUGUACCACUUCAGCGGUGGUACUCCUGAAUCCAACCAGUACCUGUUCGAUCUGCCUGCCCUGCUGAAGACGGAGGCAUCGGUCUACGACGACCCCAAAGAGGACCCCAUUGAGGAGCCCGACCAUGAGGGGGAGGAGGAGGAGGCUGAGGACCCCAACGCGGAGAAGCCGUGGUGGGAGCUGAUCGAGGGCGAGUGCAAGCCCUUCAUCAUGUUCGGGGACAUGGCGGAGUUCCGCCCGCCCCAGCGCAGGGAGGUGCUGAAGGCUGUCAAGGCGGCUGCCACCGCGCCCAGGCAGUGGAAGGAGUAUGUUGGAAAACUGCUAAGCGAGGAUCAAAGGUCAUCCCACCUAAAUGCGGAGAAGCCGUGGUGGGAGCUGAUCGAGGGCGAGUGCAAGCCCUUCAUCAUGUUCGGGGACAUGGCGGAGUUCCGCCCGCCCCAGCGCAUGGAGGUGCUGAAGGCUGUCAAGGCGGCCGCCACCGCGCCCAGGCAGUGGAAGGAGUAUGUGUUCAACGAGAUGUUCCUAAGGGCGGACUGUUCCAACGCUGACGUCAUCAAGGACGAGUACCCCAACAGGGUGCCUCCCCCGGGCAAGUGGGAGUGCCAGGCCGUCCAGACAGACAGGCAGUUUUCGAAAAUGUCAAUAUCGAGCCGCCGAGUGACCACUACUAGUAUGGAUGUUCGUGGCAACAUGGGCUCUAUACUGAAAAUUAUUACAUCAAACAUAGCACCUGAGGCUCCAAACAAACCCAAUAUACUGGCGGCUAGGGAUUCUAUGGAGAUAGCUUCCACUACUAAACUGAGAGACAAGCACCACCACAAGCAUACCGACCCUGCUAGAGUCGUGAUCAACGUCGGCAGCAGACGGACGUCAAUGUUCAAGCAAGACUUGGAAGACACUAGUGACGAAGUUGGGACCUCCCAGCAGAAGAAGGAACAGAAAGAUCUCGAUGACGAGGAAGAAGAUGAGUCCUUAUCAUUGCUUGGGAGCAUCCACAAUGACAGCCUGCACGUGAUACCGUCGCACGUGCCAGAGAAAGACCACAAGAUUCAUUACGAGAAAGUUUGUCCAAUGGAGAAGUGCCAGCGUAUGGAGGUGGACUCAUUCAUUCGUUCCCUCCCACCGUACAUGAGGGCCAAUCCGUUCACUCACUUCGAGCAAUCCUAUGAAGACUAUGAAACUUGCACUAAAGAGCAACUGGAAAUCCUGAAGAAGAGGAUAGAAGAUAAGAAGAACAAGGAGAAGCCUGACCAUCCAGGUCUGGAAGAGAGUCCGUUAGCUGAAUGGAACCCUGAGGUGGAGGGUGUGGGAGUGCAGACUUCAGAUGCGUCGCUACCUCCUUGUACUUGCCGCGUACCCAGUCCCACGCCUGUGUCCAGUGCUGGAAGGAUGUUUGAUAUGCAAGACCUUAUUCCAAUCAAACAGAACUUAGACGCGAUUCGAAAAGACUGCUUCUACGAUGGUGGCAUCGAGUUUGACAGGUUCAAAGUCAUCGGCCAGGAGAGCGACUACACCAUAAACGAGGCUCCCAAAGAAGACUUCAAGAAGACUAGAUUAUACGAGAUAAAACGAAUACUAAAACAGCAUCCAAGUCUUUGUGAAAUCUUCCAAGCCAACACCAGAUGUUAGUGAAA